CUUCUGGGAGCUGCGGAGAGUCGGAUCCGAUCUGAAGAAGAAGGCGGAAGCUCCGUGCGGACCAAGACGGCAGAAGAGCGGACGAACGAGAGACGGGCUGGCGGGCCCGCAAGGCCAAUCGCUUUGGAGGGCGGGGCUUUUCGGCUGAGCGGCAUCUCGGCCAUCCAAUGGAAAGAGCGCUCCGCCUGAGUGGCGUGGGGCCCGCCCAAUGGGGGCGUGGCGGAGGCGGUGCGGCGGAGCGGGGCGCCAUGUCGCGGCGGCGGUGGCGGGGCCCGCAGAGCGCGGAGGGCAGCGGCCGAGGGGGCGAGAUGGGCAAAAUGGCGGCGGGCGGGGGCGGCGGGGGCGGCUCGGGGAGGUACUACGGAGGGGGGGGCGACGGAGGCCGAGCCCCGAAGCGUCAGAAGACGGAAAACGCGGAACCGCCGCCUCAUGGGCCCGGAGGACCGGGGGGGGGCGGCGGGGCUGGGGCCGGCGGAGCGGAGAACUACGACGAUCCCCACAAGACCCCCGCGUCCCCCGUGGUUCACAUCCGGGGGCUGAUUGACGGCGUGGUGGAGGCCGACCUGGUGGAGGCCCUGCAGGAGUUUGGUCCCAUCAGUUACGUGGUGGUGAUGCCCAAGAAGCGACAGGCCUUGGUGGAGUUUGAGGACAUCCUGGGUGCCUGCAAUGCUGUCAACUACGCGGCCGACAACCAAAUCUACAUCGCCGGGCACCCAGCUUUUGUCAACUACUCCACCAGCCAGAAGAUCUCCCGCCCUGGGGACAGCGACGACUCCCGUGGCGUCAACAACGUUUUGCUCUUCACCAUUCUCAACCCCAUCUACUCCUCACGACGAUCCCUCACCUCUGUUUCCUUGCAGGAUGUGCUCUACACCAUCUGCAACCCUUGUGGCCCCGUGCAGAGGAUUGUUAUCUUCAGGAAGAACGGCGUCCAGGCCAUGGUGGAAUAUCCUUUGGUGCCUCAGAGCAGCUCCAUUCUGCCCUGCUGCCGUGGGGUCGCUGGGAACGGCUUUAAAUGCAGCUCUGUGGCCGCGCUUCUGGUGCUGCUGCAGGGCAGGUUCAGUGUAGCUGUUUCCUGGCUUUGUAAUCGUUCCUACAUAGAGAGAACCGCCUUGCAGCGCUGUUCACUUUGCAGCCUUCUCCCUUAACGCUG